CAGUGACCAGAUCCACAGGACUUCUUAAAGCUAAUACAGACUGCAAAUCUGAUAAAUACCAAAGCCUUUUUACCACUUUCAUUAUAUCUCAGUAAAGAUUACAUCAGUUAAGCAAACCAGCGUGUCUUUCCUUGAGAUUCGGUAUAAACUUGAUGUGAAGCUGUGUCCACGAGACAGCGGAGACAUUAUAGUAAAAAGGCUUUUAAAACGUUAUCAGAAGCAGUUAAUCAGCUUUGAAUCGUCCGCAGCAGUAAAAAAGACUCAUAAAUCCUGUGCCCUGCAGUCUGUGUCGGAGUAAGGGCGCGAAGCACUAGUCAGUACCCCCACCCCUUUAUUUCCUGCACAGUUUCUUACCAGCAGCAAAAGGAAUGAGACUAACCAGGGAUGGCCCCCCUUUCUCCAAGGACCCCAUAUCAGCCACAUGGUCUUUCUCUAUGGAACACUUCUCCUGGCCACCGGGGUCACUCUACUAAUAUAUCUCGUAAAAUGGUGGAGAAGGGUCAAGUACAGUAACCUACCCCCAGGACCUACACCUCUACCGGGCCUGGGGAAUAUACUGCAGAUCAGCACCACGGAAAUGCCAGAUUGUCUACUUAAGAUGAGUGAGAAGUAUGGACCUGUCUUUAUGAUCUACUUAGCAAACCUUCCGACAUUAAUACUGAUCGGGUACGAUGCUGUAAAGGAAGCCUUGGUGGACCGCAGCGAUGCCUUUAGUGAUAGGGGAGACGCAGGAGCAAUAGCAUUUUUCAAUAAAGACUUUGGGAUCCUUGCAAGCAAUGGAGAAAGGUGGAAAACACUUCGUCGAUUCUCCCUGACAAUUUUGAGAAAUUUUGGAAUGGGAAAGAGGAGCAUCGAAGAAAGAGUCCAAGAAGAAGCCCGAUGUCUCGUUGAUAAACUGAUGAAGGACAAAGAUUCUCCAACUAACCCAAUAUAUAUAUUGCGAAGUGCUGUUUCCAAUGUUAUUUGCUCCGUUGUGUUUGGAGAAAGAUUUGACUAUGAAGACCAAAAAUAUUUAAAACUCUUGUCAAAUGUAUACCUACUUCUUCAGCUGCUCAACUCACGUUCAGGACAGCUCCUUAACAUGUUCCCAACCAUAAUGCCCCACCUUCCUGGUCCUCAUCAUAAGAUUUUCAAAUGUAUUGACAACCUGAAGCAAUUUAUUAAGGAAAAGGUGUGCACCCACCGAUCCACCUUGGAUGAGAACUUCCCACGUGACUACAUAGAUUGUUUCCUUACAAAGAUGAAAGAGGAAAGAAAGAAUCCAGAGACAGAAUUUCAUGAGGAAAACCUAGAGGCAACAAUAUUAGACUUAUUCACUGCUGGAACAGAGACUACAAGUAUGACAUUGACAUACGCUUUUCUUAUACUCCUGAAAUAUCCAGAAAUACAAGAAAAGAUCCAUGAAGAGAUUGACAAUGUAAUAGGCAAAGAUCGCUGUCCAUCAAUAGAAGACAGGGCUAAAUUGCCCUAUACAGAUGCCGUAAUCCAUGAGAUCCAGAGAUUUGGUGAUAUUGCCCCUACAGGGCUGCCCCAUUCCAUCAACAAGGAUACAACCUUUCGAGGAUAUCAUAUUCCAAGGGGAACUUUGGUGUUUCCAAUGCUGACUUCUGUCUUGAAGGACCCUAAGCAAUUCAAAAAUCCGGAUGAGUUUGAUCCUGGACACUUUCUUGAUGAGAAAGGUUCCUUUAAGAAAAGUGAUGCAUUUAUGCCAUUCUCUGCAGGUAAACGUAUGUGUAUGGGAGAAGGCCUGGCCCGCAUGGAGCUCUUCCUCUUUCUAACCACUAUACUGCAAAGGUUUACAUUGGAGCCCACCAUAGACAGAAAGAAUCUGAGUAUAAGACCAAAGCCCCACACCAAUGCUUCAAGACCUUGCUCAUUCCAGAUAAAGGUUGUCCCUCGUAUAUGAAGGCACAUUUCUAGAGCUUACAGAAUAAGAAGGCUACAGGAUUGCAACUGGAAAAAACUACAAAAAAAAUAUCAAAUAUUGUAAUUUUUUAUGUCUGUGUCAUGUACACAGCACAAUAGAAUUCUA